AUGGUCGACAUCGGGAGGGAGACUAGCUCGGAUCUGGAACAACACACAUCGAAGCCGUUGGAGAAGAAUCGGCCCUGGGAUGAGGUGAAGAGGAUCGAGCCCCUAGUGGCUUGGGAUUUGGCUUGGCGGAGGGAUGAGAGGACAGUGGUGAUUAUGACCGAGCUGAGAUGGUGGUCGCCGUUGUUGCCGGACCGAACGAUGACGGACUCGUGGUGCCGCCGCUGCAAUUGUUGGGAAGAAUAG